AUGUGUGUCAAACCGUCAGAAUUCUUCAACAUCAUCACAGACGACCGACAAGUCGUACACAGAAUUGAAAUAGCUAAUGAAGAGAGGGUAGAAGUGUACCACACCUAUGAAGAUGUAUGCAAACCUGUUCAAACCAACGUAAACAUCUUUAUUGCAUGUUUCACAACCAGUUAUGCAAGACUAAAACUGUAUGAUGCUCUUGACAUGUUGAAAGAAAGAGUAUUGUAUUUCGAUACAGAUUCAGUGAUUUAUACCAAUAAACCCGCGGAAUCGUCCAUUCACACCGGAAAUUAUCAUGGCGAAUUCAUGAAUGAACUAGACAAAGGAGAUCAUAUUACAGAAUUCGUUGCUGCUGGGCCUAAGAAUUAUGCAUACGAAACCUUCAAAGGAAAACAAUGUUGCAAAGUGAGAGGAUUUACAUUGAAUGCACGAGGACAAAAAAUCCUCAAUUUCAACAGUAUAAAAAACUUGGUC